AUGUCCGAGUGGUCGACUACUCUUGGCUACAGCACGGGAGACCUGUUGCUGGACAGCGACGACGAGGAGGUCGAGGUAGUUGUUCCAACGGCUCCUCAGCAGAGGCUUGCACCUGAGACGGUAGAUGAGGAGCAGGUCAAAUUCACCGAGACGCCAUUCACUAUCGCCGCUCGCAAUGUUCAGCUGCGAAGGACUCGGCAGCCUCCAAAUUCGUUUGACACAAACCCUCCUCCAUCCGGAGCAACCUUUCGUGGAGUAGCAGCUAUUCAGCCUGCUGAAGACACCACACAAACGACUGACCUUAUCCCAACGCAGCACUAUGCACCCCGACCCAAACCUGCCGAGACUGCUUCAGCGCCACGACAUGACAUUCGCCAUCCCUUUGCCCAACCUAGGCCCCCGAACCUACCCUCCGAAGUCAUCGUUCUCUCUUCAGACUCCGAACCGGACGAGCCGCCCAGCACAAGAGGCGUCUACGGCAGCACGGACACUGAAGCUCAGCCCACACGUCUAGGACAAACGCAAGAGCGUCCAGAGACAGCAAGCGAACAAGCACUACAGCAUCUCUUCGAACGAGACCAUGACUUUUACGAGAGCCUUGACCGUGAGAUGGCGCAGCGACAGUCGCAAAAGGCCGGCUCGGAGGCUUCGUUUUGCUCGGCGAGAGUGGAGAGCAUGGUUCCGGACGCGAGUACGACCUAUGACACAUCUAGUUGGGCGCCAAGUAGGACGACUUACAGCAACGAGGCUUUCCCGGUAGCGCGACUGCAGCUUGCUCCAAGCCCUUCGAUGCACUCUCAUCAAGCUUACUUUGAACCAUCUCCUUUCCGUUCUCAGGUAAACGCACCGGUUGUAUACGAUGCAUAUGGCAACCAGUUGCAGCCCAUCUACGUGGCAUCCCCGCCGGUUCCACCAAAACAUAACUAUUCGGGCUACAUCCUCGCACCAUUCGCAACAGAAGGUAGCGCUAGCUGGCAUCCAAGCCAUUUGCCUCCCUACGAACCUGACAACCGGCCAGAGAGUCGUCAGUUCCAGCAACCUCAUCAACCUCAGUACUACCCUCAGCAUCAGCAGAACUGGCACGUCCACCCUUCAACAACACAGCAGUCAGACUACGAGCGAGCACAACCCGCGUCAUGCACACACCAAAAGACGGCCCGUCAGGCUCUGGAAGACAAAGCAAAAGCCGACGGUAGGUUGGCACUAUGA